CAGUAAAGUGACAGUACAGCAUGGCCAGUGUGAGGAGCCUGGCCGUCCUAUGCCAUCAUCUGGGGCGCCUCACGUUGGGGGCCUCGCCGGUGUCUGUCCUGCUGGCCCCCGCUGCCCAGGGCUCACACUCCGUCCUUCCGGUGAGGAAAUACAACUACUACCACAUCGACCGACCCAAGCCAAGUGACAAGAAGAACUUCCGGUAUGUGGUGCACUACCCUGAGGACGGCCAGUACACCGUCAAGCCACUCAAGACAACCAAGCUGGCUGGCAGAGACCCAGAGACAGGCCGCAUCAUUGUGGGCACGCUGGGUGGUGGUGCAAAGAGGAACUACCGCUGGAUUGACUGGUUCAGGACAGGACCCACUGAUGGAACUUUUCUGGAGGAGAGAGUAAUUCACAUCCAAUAUGACCCUAAUCGGUCAGCAAGGAUUGCUCUGGUUGGUGGUGGGGACAGCCUUCGGUACAUCUUGGCCACAGAAAACAUGAAGAGCGGAGACCUGAUCAAAACUUCCAGCUUCAUACCCAGGAUACCAGUGCGGCCCAAGGAGGGGGAUGCGUACCCAGUUGGAGCCUUGCCUUCUGGAACAAUAGUCAGUUGUGUGGAGGUUGUACCCGGUGAUGGCGCUAGAAUGGUGAAGGCUGCUGGCACCUCAGGCACUGUCAUGAGGAAGAUUGGACAGAAAGUUGUGGUGCAGCUCCCCUCCAAGAGGGAGCUUGCCCUUGACCCACAGUGUAUGGCCACAGUAGGGAGGCUGUCCAACAUCACCCACGGACAGCAGCACAUUGGGUCGGCACAGCGGAACAGGUGGCUGGGGCGCCGGCCAGCCUCGGGGCUUUGGCAGCGCAAGGAUGGUUACCGCGGCAGAAAGAUCAAGCCAAUUCCACCAAUGAAGAGCUACGAUGUCCAGAAAGAGGAAAUUCCCUAUACCCAGUUUACCAUCCCAACUGAAGGACCUCGCAAGAAAAUUAUACCAAGCACAGAUCGUGUGUCUUGAGCAGUUUGUUCUGUUGUUAAUGUUACCCAGAUCUGUAAUUCUUGUCUCCCAUUGAAGGUAACGGACAAAUGAAAGUAUGAAUAAUGAUACCUGUUUGUAUAUAAUAAAGCCUUCACUAUAG